AUGGCAGCGAUAAACAAUCUUGCCGUGAUUUCAGUCCUGCAGUUCAGGAUGCUUUCAGUUCAGCAUUAUGCUGAAAUAGAAGCUUUCAAAUUUGCACCUAUAACUUCUGUAGACGUGGAAAGGUCAUUUAGUCGCUACAAGAACGUAUUUCGUCCCAAUCGACAUCGAUUUACUUUAGAAAACUUAAAAAAGUACAUGGUUGCCCAUUGUUUUGCUGCAGACCACGAGGAUCUUCAUAUUGAAUAA